UAUUUUGUGUGAGAAGUGAACAGAAAAGUCAGAGUAUGCUACUCGGCACUUUCACUUUUAAACGCCAAUCGAAACCUUUCUUGAUCAAUUUGGAGUUCCAAACUCGCCCGUUUACUUGGAACUCGGUUUCUUUGUUUCACAAAACCUUCAGAACAAAGCACUGCAUUAUAUAUUGCAGGCCAUGAGUCAGUGAAUUGUAAAGCUGUAGCUGCUUGUGCAAAAUUCCAAUCACACUGGUUCAUCAAAAAAUUCCAGUCACACUGAAUUUAAUCGAAACCCGCUGCUGACUUCAUGGCGGAGAGCGAUCGCGAUCAUCUUGUUAAGAAAUAUGUCAUCGAGUAUGACUUUCUGAGAAGCCUGCAAUUACGCCACCAAGUACGACUUUCUGCUGCGUUGCAUUUGUUAAGAAAUAUUGUAUUGGCUGAUUAAACUCGAAUUUUCUUUAGCAUUUUAGGAAUUUGAUUUUGCUUUCUGCAUUCAUACACUAUAUUUCAUAGAGGGAGACUCUAUAUAAAUAGUUUCUUAGCAGAGCGUGAUGACUUAUUUCUAGACUCCACUGCCUCAGAAGAAGGAAAGUCCAAGGCUACACCCCUUGGAACCAUUGAAGAAGUUGUCGUGAUGAGCUCCCAUGAAAGACUUCAUGAACUUUUAGACCGAGCGUCUGCAUCCAAUACACUGGCCAGCUCCUCCAUUUCUACUCCUACUUCAGAAAUGGACAUUGCUAUGAUUUUGGUUGGUUCUAAUUACUUUCCCACCGACAUCGGACUAAUGAUUUUGGCAGUAUUGGAGCAGCUAGAGCAAUCUGUUCUAGCCUACCCCGAAGCCUAUCCUGAGUAUGAUAUGGCCAAAAACUUGAGUGAACAAGUCAAAGCUACGAAACAGCUUCUUCAACCUAAGGUUCAGUUUUGUGGCAGCAAGGAGAGAGAAUUUCAAGACCUUGCAGAAAGGAAAUUCUGGAUUGAAGCCAGGCAGGCCGCAAUAGUUGCGGAAAUUCACGGCGCCAUCAAAGAGACUGAACCGAUCCAGGCACAACUCGAGAAAUUGCUCCUGCAGCAAGAUCAAUUUAAAGAAAAUGAGGGUAAUCUCAAGACCAUCUUGGAUAUUGGAGAUGGCCUCUGGACAACCUUGAAAAACAUAAUUCACCCCCACCUCCCUACGUGACUUCCUUUCUUGGGUUGCAUUUGGGCUGCAGUUCUUUUUCCAUUUCCUUUUGGUGUUGUUUCGGGCGGUGUGCCCCGUAGAUUGAAAAAUCAUGUUUAAGCCGUAUUUUGGCCUUUUGAACUUUAAUUGAAGUACUUUUAUAUUA